ACAGAUAGGCCACCAUUGUUACUAAUUGCAAGUCCUGAAACAAUUGAGGUCUUCUACAUUAACGGAAGCAAAAUGACAACUCUAAGCUCAGCCAACAGAAAUAAAAUUCAUACUCUAGAUUUUAUUUAUAAUGAAGAGAUGAUUUGCUGGAUUGAAUCAAGAGAGUCUUCAAAUCAACUCAAAUGUGGCCAGAUGACAAAAUCAGGAAAAUUAACAGAUGAAAGAAUUAUUAACAUUCUUCAAUCCUUCCGCAAUGUGGAACAAAUGGCAAUUGACUGGAUUACCAGAAAUCUCUACUUUGUGGACCACAUCAGCGACCGGAUCUUUGUUUGUAAUUACAAUGGCUCUGUGUGUGUCACGCUGAUAGAAUUGGAGCUUCAUAAUCCUAAAGCCAUAGCAGCAGACCCCAUCGCAGG